CCAUUACUCUGUUUGGGUCAAGAUGUCUGGCAAAGCAACUAUUUCCGAGAAAAAAUCUCACCCAUUGAAAAGAAAUAAAAAAAGGAAAAUUGACAAUGCAGGCAUAGAUUUAUCAGAGGAAGAGAUUGGAAUAAUGCACAAAAAAAAAAGUCAGCCAAAGUGCCUGUCUACUAAAGUGAUAGGACAAACAAGCCAUAUUAUUCUGAAGCAAGUAAAGAUAUCAUCCAACAAAAGGAAAGCCUGGCAACCUCUCUCAAAGAAUAGUAGAGAGUAUUUACAAACUAUAAUCGAGUCCAUAAUCAUAGCAAUAUUGAGUAAAAAUGUCAAAGAAAAAGAACAGAUUCAGUAUCAUCUUAACUGUCUGAAGAAAAGAUUGUUGCAGCAGUGUGAAUCCUUGAAUGUUCCUCCCAAAAAGGUGAAAUAUUCAACUGAUACAACUGGUGCUGUGAAAGUGAAGAGUACACAGCUUAAAAGUACUCAGGAAGGAAUAGCAUUGUUGCAGGAAGAAAUAGAAAAGAUAGACGAAACAGUACAUUCAAUUAAUGAAAAGAUUGAGAACCUAAAGAACAAUAUUGAGAUUUUGUCAAAUGAGGUAGAAGAGGAGGAGAAGAAAAUAAAAGAGCUGCAUCAGAGAACUUGUACUGAGAGCCUCAGUCUUCCAGAACUUUCUGAGGAAAGUCUGAAUUCACCCCUACUUCAGAAAGAAAUUUUGGCAUUAAUUCCAAACCAGAGUGCUCUUCUAAAGGACAUGAAUACUCUCCAUAACUCAUCUAAGAUAAAGAACAUGUUAACUGUCAUCGAAGAAGCCUAUAAAAGACUGGAUGCAUAUUAAAAGUUUCUUAAAUCUAGUUCCAUAUUUAUGUAAUGUUUAUAAAUUUGUAAAAUUCCUCAUCUAUGUUUGUAGGACAGAGGCUUAUAUUUCUAGUUUAUUAUCUUCUGAUAUACACUUUAAAGUUAGACUCUAGCAGAUCUACUACUAGCAUCUAAUAUAAUUUUGAAAACUUUUUAUAGUAGAGAAAAUGUUAAGUCUUUUUAUUCUAGUUAUUUGCCUGAAGCCAUAAAAUUAAU